ACUUGAGUGAACGUUUUAUCCAGUUGAAUUCGGUUAGUUUGGCUCCACUCUGAGUUGCAGUAACCCAGCGGCCAUGGCGCUCUUCCCAUCUAAUUUCUCCGCAACCUUUCUCAACCACACUCCAUCCCGCCCCUCAAUUUCUGCUUCUUUCUCCAAAACCCCCUUGCUUCCAUGGAGGAAUGGGCGCUCCAACUCCCUCAACCUUCGCUUUCUUCCUCCCCCAUUUCACCUCCUUCACCCACUUCAAAUCUCCCCGAUUUCCUGCAGAUUUUCUUCUCCACCUUCUUCCCCUUCCCCCGUCGAUCUCGGCCCCAAGCUCGACAAGCUUCCCGCGGCCCUGGAAAUUUCCGAGACCCAAGAGCCCAAUUCCAGAGUUAGAUUGAGCGUCGGAGUUCCACCUGCUGUUUGCGAGGAUUGUCGUAGCAGGACCAUUGCUGAGUUCAUGAAGCAGGCCAAGAUCCCUGGAUUUCGUCCUGGAAAGAAAGUUCCAGAAAGUAUUCUUGAAAGUUAUGUAGGGAAGGACAAUAUUCAGAAGGCCAUUGUAGAAUCUAUUUUGAAGAGGACCCUUCCUCAUGCAAUGUCCUCAGUAGAAGGAAGGGCACUGAAAGACUCGGUUCGUAUCACCUCUAAAUUUGCUGACUUGGAGGAUACCUUUUCUUCUCAAGGCUCUCUCAGAUAUGACAUUGUUGUUGAUAUUGCACCUGAAGUCAGAUGGGUUCCCGAAAAUGGAUAUAGAAACUUGAAGGUGGUUGUUGAAAUAGACAAUGAAAUAAAUGCUCAAAAAGCUUCUGAGCAGGAAUUAAAGCGCCGCCACAAAUCCCUUAGUAUAUUAAGAAUUGUGACUGAUAGAGGAUUACAGAUUGGUGACGUUGCAGUAAUUGAUAUAUCAGCAACAACAAUUGGUGAAGACCAAUCUGUUGGUCAAAAGAUUCCAUCGGCAGAGAGCAAAGGUUAUAAUUUUGAUACGGAAGAUGGUGAUAAGGUGCUUCCAGGGUUUGUUGAUUCAUUAAUUGGCAUUCAACGAGGUGAAACAAAAUCAUUUCCUCUUGUAUUCCCAGAAUCAUGGAAACAGGAAGAUCUCCGUGGUGUUCAUGCGCAAUUCACGGUUGAGUGCAAGGAACUGUUCUACAGAGAAUUGCCUCCAUUGGAUGACUCCCUAGCCGAUAAGCUUCUUCCCGGCUCUACAACGCUUGAACAGGUCAAGGAAGCGUUGCUGCAAAGAUGCCUUGAAGUGGAGCAAACAGCUAAAGAUCAAGCAACGGACAAUGCAAUUCUUGACCAGCUUUGCAAGAUGGUGGAAGUUGAUAUUCCUCAAUCCAUCUUUGAGGAAGAAGGUAGACAGCUAUAUGGAGCCAAAUUAUUGCAAAUACAGGCAAACAUGAAAUUAAAUGAACAGCAGUUGGCUAUUCUAUCUAGUCCGAAGGCUGUGAAGGAGUACCUUGACAAUCAGGAGGACAACAUUAAGCAUGUUAUAAAACAGAAUCUGGCAGUGGGAGAUAUAUUUAAACGUGAAAAUUUGCAGGUGGCCACAGAUGAGCUCAUGAAAGAGGUGGAAAAUUCCAUUGCAGAAUUUAAACGUAGUAAACAAGAAUAUGACGAAGAGCGGGUGCAGGAACAGGUACAAGACAUACUAGAGGGAGCAAAAGUGCUUGAAUGGUUGAGAGAGCAUGCAGAGAUCGAGUACAUAACCCAUUGACGAUAGGAAGGUUAUCUGCUUGGGCACUCGUGCAUGCAUAAUGCAUGUCUUCGGGCAUUUUCCAUGUCGGCUCCAUAGAGCAUUGCCCCCAAUCGCAAAAUCUGGGUUCCUUUGCUAACAGAUUUGGUGGACCAAAAAGGCUUAUAUAAUAAUAUACUGUAUUAUUGAA